UUUUUUUCAAUCAUUUUAGUUGCGAUGGAGCUGCUACACGGUCACGGUAACUUUAGUGGCGAUCCUGGGACAGAUUUAUUGUUCCAUUUGAAUUUUUCCACUUACGGUACUCUGUGGUUGUUCACGGCCUUUCUCGCCUUGGGUUCGGUGAUUUUAAUAAUACUAAGAGAAACCCGAUUACGACAAUGCUCGGAAAUGGUUCCGGAAUCGUGCAUUCUCAUCUUGCUCGGAAUUCUGGCGGCCGUCCUAUCAUGGGGUAUGGGCAUUUUGCGCCCUUUGAGCCAAGUCAUCACUUACGAGCACUUUUUCAAUUUCCUCCUUCCCCCGAUCAUCUUGGAUGCUUCUUAUCAGCUCUACUGCAAGCCAUUUCUCAUGAAUUUGGAUGGGAUCCUUGUCUUGGCCGUUGUUGGAACCAGCUUGAAUGUGUUCAUUAUCGGUGGACUCUUGCACUUAUGCUACGGAAUGACCUUGGCUAAAUGCCUACUUUUGGCCUCGAUCGUGUCGGCUGUGGAUCCAGUGGCUGUGCUGGCCGUCUUUCAAGAGAUUGGUGUUCAAGCUAACUUAUAUUUCUUGAUCUUUGGUGAGUCCUUGUUCAAUGACGGUGUCACCGUGGUCUACUUCGAUACAUUGGACAAGAUUGCGUUUGUCAAUGUCCAGCCUUUGACUUACUUAUACGCCGUCCUUUCAUUCUUCACUGUCUCCUUGGGUGGGCUGCUCAUUGGAAUGGUAUUCGGGGCGAUCACGGCUCUUUGUUGCAGUGCCAUGAAAACCAAGAAAGUCCUCGAGCCCAGUGUCGUCUUUACUUUGGCCUAUUUGGCUUUUACCACGGCCCAAAUGUUUCAUUGGUCGGGAAUCUUGGCCUUGAUUGGAGUAGGAUUGACUCAACGGCGUUACGCCUUUGUCAGUAUGUCACCCAGUUCCGUGACAGUGGUGGAGGCCAACGCCAAGAUUUUAGCCAUUGCCGCUGAGACCAUAAUAUUUUUGAUUCUGGGGUUUAAUGUGCUGAAGGAUCGACAUCUGUGGGAUUGGACUCUGAUUGGAUACACCAUAUUGUUUUGCGUGGUUGUUCGUUUUGUCGUCACUUUCAGUCUAGGUUAUUUGCUUAACCUGGGUAGACUUCACCGUCUCUCGAUGUCUCAUCUAUUCAUGAUGUCUUUCGGAGGACUAAGGGGAGCAGUGUCCUUCGCCAUGGCAGCCUCGGUAAAACAUAACGAAGUACGAGACGUAUUCAUGACAACCACCUUGUCCGUGAUCCUCUUCACCGUAUUUUUGCAAGGGGUUUUGAUCAAGCCUUUGGUGAAUUACUUUCAUUUCCAAGCCAGAAAACCUACUGGCUCGUUCACGGGCAUACUUGCUCAGAACAUGAGCUUUCAUAUUCUAGCUGGGAUAGAGGCACUCCUUCUGGGCGGAGGCUUCACAUCUAUUCAUUAUUGGCUGGAGACUUUGGAAGCUUUCGAUUUCAAAUAUGUGUUUCCUCUGAUGGGCGCCAAGGCUCAAUCGAACAUGAUGCGUCGCUAUGCGAAGCACGUCGAAGUCAACGAGUCUAAGUAUCUACAUCGAGAUGAAACCAGGAGCCCGAUAACUGACGGAGAACCUAGAUUAGAUCCAGGACAUGAGCUAUUGAGGCAAUCUCAUCUCUCGUCCCUUCACCUCCAAACCUUCACCGAGGCCCGUAAUAUCACGGCAGCUUUGAAAACUCGACCCAGGAGAAACUCGGACCGUGGAAAAAUGACCCGAUUCCAAGAAGUGAUGAACCGUGAAAAGGCGUCCUCCAACACGCUUGGACGAGCCGAUGUCAUGCCUGGGCUUGAUCUCGCCAAGGCUUGGGAGAAAAAGAAGGAUUUCUAUGCCACUGUUCAAAGGUCCAUGACCAAAUGGAAAGAGAACCAGAAAGAAGACUCGAAUGAAUCCGAUUAAAGCACACAUAUUGAACAACAGGAUUCACACUCACUUUGAAUUAAAUUAUUACGAAUGCUAUUGA